CCAGAGAUGCGGGCACCCAAGUGGGCUGGUCGGGCAUAAAACACCCCGACCUUGUUGAGAUCUGAAAGCAGCCCCCCCUUGGUGGAGGGCGCACACCUGGGCAGGUGCGAGGCAGGUGCGAGGCAGCGGCAAUUGCGGGGGAGGGGGAUGUCCCUUUAAGGAGUGGUGUCCUCGGCGCAGAGCCGGGGCUUGCCCCACCCCCCACCCCCCACCCCCCACCCCCGUUCUGCUUGGAUUCGGCGCCGCUAGGAGAGGCGCUGGUGGACCAGCCCCGCGAUCCUCCUCUGCUUAAGCGCCCGGCAGCGACCGAUGCGCUCCAGACCGCCGCCGAGGGCUCGGCCGAGAUGACGGGAAAGGGACGGUGAGCGGCUGGGCAGCGGAGCGACUUUUCUGACGGAUGUGUCUGCCUCGACUCUGGGAAUAGGAUUGGCAGCCGCCGCCGAGGAAGGAGAGUCGGGAUCUCUUUCUCUCGGGCUGGAUCUCUCUCCCCGCUUGAAAUCGAGGAGAUCGGGAUCAGGCAGAUUGCCGGCGGAGCUGCUUUGACACCCCCCCACCCCGGCCCCCCCAAUCCCCGAUCGCGGUGCAGAUGGAUUUGAACCAGCGCUAAAGCUUUCCAAUGAACGCUCCCCGAGCCCGCUGCUUUGGGUCGGAUCACUCAGAGAAUGGCAAUGGUUUCUGCAAUGUCCUGGGUCCUGUAUUUGUGGAUAAGUGCCUGCGCCGUCCUGCUCUGCCAGGGGUCUUUUCAUCACACCUUCCAGCAGCAUCACCUUCACAGACCAGAAGGCGGAACAUGUGAAGUUAUAGCAGCACACAGAUGUUGUAAUAAGAAUCGGAUCGAAGAGAGAUCACAAACAGUAAAAUGCUCCUGUCUACCUGGGAAAGUGGCUGGAACAACACGGAACAGACCAUCUUGUGUUGACGCAUCGAUAGUCAUUGGGAAGUGGUGGUGUGAGAUGGAGCCCUGCCUAGAGGGUGAGGAGUGCAAGACGUUACCUGACAAUUCAGGGUGGAUGUGUGCAACUGGAAAUAAAGUCAAGACCACCAGAAUUCAUCCGAGAGCCUAACAAAGAGUCGUCUUACAGCCGCCCGUGACAGAUCCCCUGACAGAUGGAGGACAAACAUCUUUAUACUUUACACCACCUCCAGCUUUUACAAGCCAAAUGGAUUUUUUUUUAAUUUGCACUUUAACUCCGUACUGGUGGAGACAACAGCAGCUUUCUUUGUAUGGAGUGCAGCGGCCCAGCAAAAAUAACACUCGAAUCUGAAAACGGAGAAGACUGCAAAAGGAGGAAAGCAAGGGGACAAAAAGCAGCUCUUCAGAAGAAACCGUCAUGAUUCCGAAAUAGGAACAAUAGCCCUGUCAGUGUGGAGCUACAAUUUCCUUUCUACUCUUUAAAGAUAUAUAAAUAUAUAAGAUAUUUUGAAACAAAGCCUGAUUCUGGGAGAAACUGAACCCAAACCACACUUUGCUGCAAUUGCUGUGUGACCUUUUGAAUUGAGAAAAAAGAUGCUUCUGAGUCCGACGGAUCUAGAAGACCAUGGAAGAUGGUGAACACGAACAAGGAUGGGUACAAGUCAAAGAACUGGAAUGUUGCUUCCUUUUUAUUCUUAUUGUUUAAACCGGACAUUCAAGGAAAUUUUUAUCAUUCCAUUCUUCUUGUGUUCUGCAGUCUUUUUUCCCCACUCCUGUCGUGCAACACUAGCAUGCUGGCUUUGCUUACAUUAACCAUACUUUAUACUUAAUUGAUAUGUAAUACCAGUUUGACCCUCUUCCAAGGACGUCUUUUUAGAGCAAUUAGCCAUCCCACAAGGCAGAGAAAGAGGACUCUCAGCAUUUAAACAACAUGAGCUACAUUCAGAAAUUUAUCUGGCAGACUUUUUGGAAGCCUGUGAGCAAACUCCUUAUUAAAGACUUACUGUACAGAUAAUUGUCUACAGACUUUGUAUAGCUGGUGUAGACAACCCUAGUAAAAACAAACAAACCCUGGUUGCUAACUGCAAA